GGCUUGUAUAGACUGUAUUGUCGUGAUAUAGAAUAGGUCUUGGUCAAUCGAUAUAAUAAAAGAAAGAAAAUCUUCAAAUUGUUGAUAAAUUUCCGGAGAAAUCGCAGCAAAAUGGCAAUUUAUUCAACGAUACAACAACAAAAUGCCAUCAACAUGAAAUACAAGAAGAAGCUCAAAAAAUUGAAGAAGUUUAUUGAGAAUUUGGUCUUUGAAAAUUCUGCAUUGUGUGACCAAGUAGCACAGGUUCAAGAGAGUAUUGUGACCGUGAAAGAAGAGCGUCGUUUUCUGCUCAAGCGGCUGAUGGACAAAGACCAUGACUUGGCCAAGGAGCUAAGCAAAAAACAGUCGAAUGACUCAGGAGCACCAACUCAAUCUACCCGAAAACCGUACAAGAAACGAGCCAAGAAGCAACAAUCCCAACUAUCGGAAACAGUUUCGCUUGAUUCAAAUGAUGCACCAUCCUAUCCGAUCGAUUUGGGUGCACUGAAAAUUCUGAGCAUUGGUCAAAUCAUUUACGAUCGUUUGAAUUAUCACACGGAGAAUUGGAUUUAUCCGUCUGGAUUUGUGUCAAUACGAAGCUAUGCCAACAUCAAAGAUAAAGAUGAAAAGUGUUUGUACACAUGCCGAAUCACGGAAAACGGUGAAUUUCCACGAUUUGAAAUCAUCCCUGAGGCUGAUUCAGAGUUUAUUAUUGCUGGUCCAACACCAGAUCUAUGCCAUGCAGCUCUCAUUCAAACCAUCAAUGAAAACACCGGACAGAAUCUCGAGCUACUAGCACAAGGCGAGUGGUUCUUCGGUUUGACUCAUUCAACCGUUACAAAUAUUCUGCAAAGUUCGCCAGAUAUCAAAAAAUGUUCCAAAUUCAAGGGAUUCAAUGAGAACACACACUUGAUCGAUCAAAAUACGGGGCAUUCCGUUAAUUACGCAUUCGAAAAAGAUAUCGC